GAACCGUACCUCUUGGGAUUGAAGAGAAACGUGCUGCGUUUUAUCAAGCAGUUGUAGGCCAAGUUAGCGAACUAAGAGUAGUGAACUUGUUCAGUAAAAAGAUGAAUGGCAUAGAUAUGUCAUAUGAAGAGAUCAAGAAUUAUGUUUCACAGCUCGAGGCCGAGAAAAAGAGUGACCAAGCUGCGUCAACAUCCAGAGAUUCAGUCCCGAAGGUACAGAUGGUCAGAAAGAGCAAUGUGACCCAGCGUGGCACUGAGUCGAUGAAGUGCUAUAACUGUAAUCAGUUAGGUCACAUGUCGUCGAGGUGCCCAUUUGCAGAGCAAGGUUGGUCAUUCUGUUAUUACUGCAACAGGAUGGCGCAGCACAAGAGACCCAAUUGUCCUAAAAGAACAUCUGACGGCGUUGGAAAUUCCAGAA